GGGAGCACCUGGAAAUGGCUGCUCAGAACCUUGUUGACAACCAGCUUCACGCCUUCCAUCUGUGCUGGGAAUACAUCUGAAGGGAAGGAACAUGCACAGAUAAGGACCCCUAACUACAUAGACGGACUCCCCUUUCAAUUGCAUAUGAAGCACUGGAGGAAAUGACCUCCUUUCAAAUCCUGCAACAAAACGCUCUGCUUUGAACAUCUGGUCCUUUUUGACUGCCGGAUGCUCCAGCUGUGAUCUCCCCUCGCUGUUCACAUCACUGGACAUCAGCAUUCAGGACCCUCCCCUUCUCUAUGACCCUUCAUCCUGAGACACCCAAAAGCUGCGGUCUCACCUUUGCACAACCGGUGCAGCUCGUCGAAGCUCCCGGGGUUGGGCAGCGGUUCCUCUCGACGGUGGCUCCGGCGGGCACUGUUCCUAGGCCAUAGUCUGCCAUCAUGAAGCUGCUCGCAAUGGUCGCACUGCUGGUCACCAUCUGUAGCCUGGAAGGAGCUUUGGUUAAGAGACAGGCAGACGGACCGGAUAUGCAGAGCCUGUUCACUCAAUACUUUCAGAGCAUGACUGAUUAUGGCAAAGAUUUGAUGGAGAAGGCCAAGACCUCAGAGAUUCAGAGCCAGGCCAAGGCAUACUUUGAGAAGACACACGAGCAGCUGACACCCCUUGUCAGGUCAGCAGGAACUAGUCUGGUGAACUUCUUCAGCAGUUUAAUGAACCUUGAGGAGAAACCGGCUCCUGCGGCUAAGUGAGAUGUGCCAGGCCCAGUCUUCCCACCCCAGCUGCUCCACUGGCCACCGCUAGAGCCCCUCUCCCUACCUUCUGCCUGUUUUCUCCAAUAAAUGCGGAAGGAGUUAAACUUCAU